CCUCAGAGACCACCGCUGCGUUGCUUGCUGCAUAGCGCGUGGAGCUGCAGACCCGCUGAUACCAACGGCGCACCGGCUCGUCAUGGGCGCCACUGCUUCUACUGAGUUCCAGCAAGUGGCAGUGUUUCACAUCAAUGGAAAGGAGUAUCAAGUGGAUAACACAGUUCCUGUGGACACUUCACUUAACACUUAUAUAAGAAAUUAUGCUAAUCUCAAAGGAACUAAAGCAAUGUGCCAUGAAGGAGGCUGUGGAUCAUGUAUUGUUAUGGUUACAAGAACACAUCCUGUCAGCAAAAAAGUGGAAUCAUUCGCAGUCAAUUCUUGUUUGAUGCCAGUAUUUUCAUGCCACAACUGCAAGAUAACAACAAUUGAAGGAAUUGGUAAUAAAAAAGUUGGGUAUAAUAGAGUGCAAAGGACACUUGCUGCUUUCAACGGUACACAGUGUGGGUACUGUUCUCCUGGAAUGGUUAUGAACAUGUACAGUCUGCUGCAGAGGGGAAAAGACAUUACAAUGGCAGAUGUUGAAAACUCUUUUGGUGGAAAUAUCUGCCGAUGCACCGGAUAUCGCCCAAUAUUAGAUGCAUUUAAGUCUCUUUCAUCUGACGCUUCACCAGACCUCAAAGGCAAAUAUCCAGAUAUUGAGGAUAUAACAGAAAAGAUUUGUGCAAAAAGUGGAAAACCAUGUAAUGAAAACUGUGCAAAUGAUAGUAUCACAUGUGAUCAAGAGAAAAUACUCCCUACACUUCAUUUGAAAGCAAAAUGUUCAGAGUGGUUUAAAGUUGAUCAAAUUGAUGACAUUUUCAAUGUACUAGCUGCAAAGACAGAUAAAAAAUACAUGCUGGUAGCAGGCAAUACAGCACAUGGUGUAUAUCGAAGAAAACCUGACAUUGAGAUAUUCAUUGACAUUAGUGAUGUUCAAGAACUUAAGAAAUAUACCAUUGAUUCAGAGAUAACAGUUGGUGGAAAUAUGUCUCUCACUGAAGUUAUGGAGCUAUUUUAUGAUAUUUCAAAAUCAAACAAAAAGUUCAGCUAUACCAAAAUGCUUGCAGACCACAUAGACUUAGUUGCAAAUGUUCCAGUUAGAAAUGCAGGAACAAUUGCAGGAAAUCUGUCAAUUAAACACAUGUACCAAGAGUUUCCAUCAGAUAUUUUUCUCAUUCUGGAAGCUGCUGAUGCUAAGAUCAAUAUAGUUGACAGGAAUGGAGCUCAAUUUAGUGUCAGCCCAGCACAGUAUUUGAAAAUUAACAUGAAUCACAAAAUUAUUAAAAACAUAACAUUACCACCCUAUGAUGAUGAAUACUAUUUCAAGACAUACAAGAUCAUGCCAAGAGCACAAAAUGCUCAUGCCUAUGUAAAUGCUGGGUUUCUAUUCAAACUGGACAUAAAUAAUGUGGGAAAAGUUAUAAGCAAACCAAGAAUUGUGUUUGGUGGUAUCAAUCAAGAACUGGUACAUGCUAAGGAGUUAGAACAGUACCUUGAAGAUGAAAAUUUGUAUGAAUUGAAUACACUUGAACAGGCUCUCAGAAUUCUGGAUUCGGAAAUACAGCCUGUAAAGCAGCCACCUGAAGCCUCGCCUGAGUACCGCAAAGGUUUGGCAGUAGCAUUAUUCUACAAGUUUGUCCUGAGCAUAUCUCCUGAGAAUGUGAAACCAAACCUGAGAAGUGGGGGUGAAAUCUUGAAGAGGCCACUUUCUUCAGGAAAACAUGAAUAUGAUACAAAGGAGGAAUUGUGGCCACUAGGAGAACCAGUAUCAAAACUUGAAGCUCUUUUCCAGUGUUCUGGAGAAGCAAAAUAUGUAAAUGAUGUGCUCACCAUACCAGGUGAACUAUACUGUGCAUUUGUUGUUACAUCUAUUGCAAAUGGUCACAUAAGACACACAGAUCCGAGUGAUGCUUUGGCUGUACCUGGAGUGGUGGCAUACUAUGACGCAAAAGAUAUUCCAGGGAAGAACAACUUCUACCCAAAACAUUUCUUCAGUUUUACUGAUGAGGAGAUAUUUUGCUCAGGAAAUGUAAAAUACAAUGGGCAGCCAAUUGGGAUGAUUGUGGCAGUGUCACAUAACAUUGCAGUUGAAGCUGCCAAAUUGGUAAAAAUAGAUUAUGAUGUUGUAAAUAAGCCCAUCAUUCACUUGAGGGAUGCUCUUACAUCUGGAGAAAAGAGCAGAAUUAUGGUGAUUGGUGAAAUUAAGCCAACUGAUCCUGAAAAGAGAAAAAAGAUGAAACAUGUCAUUAAAGGAAACUUUGACAUUGGCACUCAGUACCACUACACAAUGGAAACCCAAUGUGCUGUGUGCAUUCCAAUGGAAGACAGUAUAGAUGUUUAUCCUGCAACACAAUGGAUGGAUGAGACUCAGAUAGCAAUAUCAGAAGUUCUUAAAGUGCCAGAAAACAGGAUAAAUAUCCAAGUGAGAAGACUUGGUGGAGGCUAUGGUGCUAAAGUAUCACGUAACAUGUUGGUCAGCACAGCCUGUGCUCUAGCAGCGCAUCUUCAGAACAGGCCAGUUCGCUUCAUUCUUCCCCUUGAAACAAGCAUGGAAUCAAUAGGAAAAAGACAUGACUGUGCUAUUGAUUAUGAAGUUGGAGUGGAAGAUGAUGGAACCAUAACAUACUUGGAAGGAAACACAUACCAUAACUGUGGGGAUUCACUUAAUGAUCAUCCUGUAAUUUUUAUGCUUGCUAACCUACCAAACUGCUAUGACAUAAGUACAUGGAAAGUGACAGCCAGUGUUGUCUUCACAGACUUGCCAAGCAACACUUGGUGUAGAUCUCCAGGUACUACUGAAGGUAUUGCAUUCAUUGAAAACAUUAUGGAGCAUAUUGCAAAAGAACUUGGAAAAGAUGCUGUUGAGGUGAAGUUAAAGAACCUGGCCAAAAAUGAAGAAAGAAUUGCUGAUAUGAUCUCUUACUGGAAGACUAAAUCAGAUUAUUCUAAUAGAGUAGUUGCUGUUCAAGACUUUAAUAAGAAUAACCGCUGGAGGAAAAGAGGGAUUUCAGUUGUCCCUAUGAGAUAUAGAUUUGAUUAUUUCAGUAAUUUUUAUGCAAUUGUAUCAGUUUAUGCUCAUGAUGGAACAAUCUCAGUUGCACAUGGAGGAAUUGAAUGUGGGCAAGGAAUAAAUACUAAGGUUGCUCAGGUUUGUGCCUAUGCUCUUGGUGUGCCACUAGAGCUUGUGAGUAUAAAGCCUAGUAAUGUUUUGACAUCUCCUAACAAUAUGGUCACUGGUGGAAGCAUUGCAAGUGAAUCCUGUGCAUAUGCUACGCUACGUGCUUGUGAAGAACUUUUAAAGCGUUUGGCUCCUAUCAAAGAAAAACUCAAAGACCCUUCCUGGCAGGAGCUUAUUGCUGCAGCAUAUGCAGCAAAUGUUGACUUAUGUUCAACAUUUAUGAUGUAUGCUGGGAUCACAGAUGCCUUAAAGAAUUACUACAUUUAUGGAGUAACUGUGGCUGAAGUGGAAGUUGAUGCGCUAACAGGAGAACACCAGAUUCUACGUGUAGACAUACUGGAAGAUGCUGGAGAAAGCCUAAGCCCAGAGAUUGAUAUAGGUCAAGUAGAAGGAGCCUUUGUGAUGGGUCUUGGCUAUUGGUUAAAGGAAUUCAUGGUUUAUGAUAAUGAUACUGGAAAGGCAUUGACAAACAGAACCUGGAACUACAAACCUCCUGGGGCCAAAGAUAUCCCUAUUGACUUGAGAAUACAACUGAGGAAAAAUGCUCCUAAUCCUGUUGGCGUUCUUCGUUCAAAAGCAACUGGUGAACCACCCUUGUGUAUGAGUAUUUGUGCUUUAUUUGCAAUACGAGAAGCGGUACUGGCAUCUAGACAAGCUUCAGCACACUCCGAAAAGUGGUUUGAGAUGAAUCCUCCAGCUACCCCCGAGAAAGUUUUCCUUGCUAGCUUGAUAAAUUACAAGCAAUUUGAACUUUAAAAGCCUGGAAAGUUAAUGAGGCUUUUGCUGGGCUUAUGCAUUCGAUAGUUUCAAAUGAUGAGUUUCUCACAGUGGAUCCUGAGGUUUUUUUUAAAAAUAUGGCAUGCAGAAUGUACAAACUGCAUAAGGAACAUAAUGUCAUUCUAUAUAGAUUAGUUUAUUCAUUACCUAGGGAUGCAUGUUUUGGAAGCAACUUGGCAUUUUUCUUACUUUUUGCACACUAUUUUUUUCCUAUAGCUAUUUAACUGUAAAUUGCACAUCCAUCUAUGUAAAACUGAAACUAAAAUGUUUACCAGUGAUGUCUUCUACUUAUCAACUGGCUCUUUGUUUUAUCAACAUUUUAUUUAUUUAUGUCUUAGACCUCAUUCUGAAAACUUUGUACAAAUAGUCUUCUCUCCUCUUCUUCAUGAGUUCACUUUAAGAUCUAGGUAACAUGUUUUCUUUUCUACUAAGGCAAAAUCUGUGUUACAUGGAAGGGACAUCUGUGCUUGCAAAAGAAACUUGUUUCCUAUAUGCUCAGACUUUCAACAAGAAACAAUGUAUAGUUCAGAUGAACAAUUCCUAUUUUGAACAACAUGCACUCUGUCUUAACCACAAUUUUUUAUAUUAUUUUAGCCUGUUAAGGAAUCAAAGGUAUAGCUCUCAGUAGGUGACUUCUUCCUGAAAUCACUUUUCCAGGGGUGGAAAUAUAUUACUCUCUACCUUGAGGAAAAAUUUUGUUCUCCAACUCAUUCACUUCAAAAUAAAAUUUAUUUUCUUGGAUUUCUUUCCACUGUCACCAUCUUUUUUACAUGAGUUGAAACACAGCUUCUGAUGAGUUUAAAUAAUCAUAGAUCCUUUCCAACACAAAAAAUAAAAUUAAAGAACAAACCUUGCAGCUACUGAUACCAACAAUUUUUGAAACCAUUUUUGUUUACUUUCACUCACAGGCAAGUAAUUAGAGCAUCAAGAGAGUUACUCCUGUGAUUUUAUAAACAGUUAGUACAUAGUUCAUUCAUGUAACUUUGUUCUGAGCUGAUAAGAUUUAAUUCUAAGUAAAUCAUCCCUAAAUUUUCAAAUUUGCCAUAUAUUAUAAAGAAACAGUUUAAUUCAGGUAAUGUACACUGAGCAGAAUAAUAUGCUGUUCAGUUUUUCAAAAUGAUCUUUACUGAAAAUGAUCUAAACAAUAUAGCCAUCUUCACAUUUACAUAGGGGGUUUUAUGGUACCCAUAGCUUAAGAAACUGAUUUGAUGCUAAUUUAAACAUAGGAAUGUUAACUGUCUCAGUUAAUGACAUGUAUUCAGUGUAAGUUGUUCAUAACUCAUUUUUUUUAAUUUUGUUUUUGUAAAAUUAUAAUUGUUCCAUCUCAAACUGUUUACUGUUGUCAUUUAUUGCACAUUCUAAAUGCAAAAUACGAUAUAAAGGUUUGAUUAGGAUUAUAUAUUUUUCAUUAGAUCCCCAGGUAUAUAAUCUUUGUCACUUAAAAUACUUUUCUGUACCUCUCUUAAAUUUCCAAUUAACACCUUAAGGAUUUUUAUUGUUUCUGCUACUGUUCAUAAAUAGGCUACAUUCUGACAAAUAUUGCACUUUUUUAUAUAACUAUUGCUUUUAUUCCUAUCAAAUAAAAGUGAAUUGUUCAAUACAUAUAAAAAUUUAUACUGAUUAUGUAGUUACAAUAUAGACAAUAAUUCUUUUUUUUUCUUUUUUAAGCCUUUGAGUCUUACAUGAUGCAUGUUGUUCACACUACUCUACAAAAAGUAUAAAUUAUGUUUAAUAACAAAUAGAACAUAAUGUUUAUGAGAUGACUGCAUUACUGGCAAAAGGAACUUAGCUAAAGAAACUUAGAGAAUAAAACAAGAAAGUGACCAUGUAGCAUAAAGCAAAAUAUGCCAGUACAUAACCAGUUUUUAAAGUGGCCUUUCAAAAGAAAGUAGAUUACUAACACUACUCACAUAACACCUUUCUGAGAAAUCAUAGACCACUUUUUCAUCUGUGAGAUUUGGAGAAAAAGAGCUGACUUCUGAAGUGGAGAACUUGGAAACACAAAAAUCAGGAAACUAUAAAACUAUAAGCACAAUCAAAGGAGCUGAAAACAUUCAUAGACAGAAACCAGGAAAGGCAUGAAAAUGAUACCUAACCACCAUGGCAAUGGCACAAAACACAUAACUGAUUGACUGUGAACAAUGAAGAGUAUUGUGAUACGUUACUUAUAACAUUAUAUGUUAAGGCUAUCUAAUGACUUGCAGAAAGUGGCUAAUGAGGGGUGUUAUUAUUUACUGCAAAAUUUAAUGGAGGAAGCAUUACUAUGCAGGCUUUUCUUAAACAGUUCACAUUGCCAGUUGAGCAUUACUGGACAUUUCAUUGUUAUCUUUACUGUGCCAAUGAUUUUUAACUCAUGUUUUUUAUUUUCUGUUGUGUAAUUUCAUGAAAGUUAAGUAAAAUGCUGUUUUUGGGCCAAGUUGUGUGAUAAAUAUCACCCAAAUCUUGUUAAGUAAAAAACACUAUGUGGAUAUGUAUAUGAAUACAUAGGUGAAAGUGUACAUGAAAACUGUAUAAAAAUGAGUCAGGAACUUUA